AUGACUCAACUAAACUCGGAUUCGCUACACAUUUCCUCCAACGAGAGACAACGAUCAGCUUCCACUGCUGCAUUGCAUCCUGACCUUGGCACGCUUACUUCGAAGGAUCCGCACUUAAUGCUGAAUACUUCAGGACUAUCUCCUGGAGUUGGAGCGAGUGGUAUUACUAGUGGGUCAUCUGAUAUACCUCCCGAUUUGGCCAUAUUGUUGCAGAAGUUGGAUGAGGACUUUUUAAUUAACAAGACGAUCGACCAGUGGACGUACAUAAAUCGAAGGGAGGAGAUCAUGCAAUCUGUCAAUAGGCUUCACCAACAACAAAACCAGGACUAUUUCCCAUUGGAUCCAAACUUGUUAGAGGCUCCGCUUAAACCACGAAAGUCAGCGACAUUUUUCACAGACAUUAAAACCUCAGACAAUAUUUUGGAUAUUUUGAAAGACAGAGCCAGUGUUUAUAAAUCCGAUUUAGCGUUUGUUGUAUUGGAUUCUAGAGGAAAAGAGGUCAAUUCAAUCACAUGGGAGAAACUAUACUUAAAAGCAGUGAAAAUUGCUUAUGAAAUUCAACAUAGAUCAAGUAUGAAAAAUAAUGACACCGUUAUUCUAUUAUACAAAGACGGAGAAGUCACUGAGUUUGUUGCUGCUUUGUUUGGAUGCUUCCUUGCAGGUGUCACGGCCAUCCCAAUACAUCAAGACAUAUCAUUGAGUGAGGUAUUGAGCAUCCUCACACUCACGUCAUCUAAACUUUUGUUGUACUCCGAUACUGUGGCAAAGGAACUCGAGAGGCUAAACGCACAAAAUCUGAGGAUACAAUGGCCUGCAAAGUUACUAAAAUGGAGAACAACCGAUUUUGGUUCUGCAAAAAAGUCUGAGUUAUCUUCUUGGAAUACGAAAAACAAACGUGAUGUUGCUCAAAGUAUGAAUUUAGCGUACAUUGAAUUUUCGAGAUCACCUGUUGGAGAGUUGCGCGGAAUUGCGCUUAGUCACAAGACUAUAUCACAUCAAAUGCAAUGCCUAGAUGUAGCACUACUGAGUUUGCCAAAUUCUGGUGGGGCCUUUCGACGUAGCAGCAAGGAAUACAAAGGAAAUAAAAAGGUUGUUUUAGCCACCUUGGAUAUCAGAUUUUCCAUUGGCCUCAUCCUCGGUGUGAUUUUCACCGUAUAUAGUGGAAACGUUUUGUUUUGGGCACCGCAAAGAGUUAUGGAAACGCAAGGUUUGUAUGCAAACAUUUUAACGAGAUGUCGCGCGUCGUUGUUGUUGGCUGACUACCUAGGGUUGAAAAGAGUUACCUAUGAUUAUCAAGAGUCACCAAGUGCAACGAGAUAUUUUUCAAAAACACAACGUGUUGAUUUUUCAUCCGUGAAAUGGGUUUUAGUGAAUGCCCUAACUAUUGAUGGAGAAUUUAUGGAAAUCUUAGCUCAAAGAUACCUCAGACCCCUAGGUUGCCAACAUCCUGAGAAUGCAAUUAUCCCUAUGCUUACGUUGAGCGAGUAUGGAGGUAUGGUAAUUUCACUUAGAGAUUGGCUAGGAGGAAAAGACAAAAUGGGGGUAGCAGUGGCUGAUGAUGAGUCGAGUGAUUUGUCAUCGGUAGUCAUUGACAAAGAGUGUUUGAGUAGAAACGUGGUGAAAAUUGUCGAGACUAACCCCUCCACGUCCGAUGAUAUAGGAAGCAACUACCUUAGGGUUGAUGCUUUUGGUUACCCACUUCCUGAUGCUACAUUGGCUGUUGUAAACCCAGAGCUGGCGACGCUUGUACAGAAGGGCGAAUUGGGGGAAAUUUGGAUUGAUAGUCCAUGUCUAUCAGGUGGGUUCUAUGGAUUGAGAAAGGAGUCAAAACUGAUAUUUCAUGCUAAGUGCCGGGGUCCCAAUGGCUUGCUUGAAAUGGAUUUUUUAAGAACAGGACUUUUGGGAUUUACUCACAAUGGAAAAGUGUAUGUUUUAGGAUUGUAUGAGGACAGAAUCCGGCAAAGAGUCAACUGGAUGGAUCACCCGUCGUUCAGAAAAACAAAUUUGGAUCUAUCUCAAUAUCCAGGGUCAAGGUAUCACUACUCUUCUCAUUUACUAGCCACUUUAGCGAGCGAGGUCAAGCAAGUAUACGACUGUACGAUUUUUGAUAUAUUUGUUGGUAAUGAGUAUUUACCCGUGGCGAUAGUUGAAGCGGAAGUGAUACGGAGUCAUUUUGAAGACUUGAAUGGUACCGACGCCAAUAAUGGAGCAGCAAAGACCAAAGUUGGAGAUCUUGAUCAAAAUAGUGGUGCACCACUUAAUGAGCCUGUAUUGAAUGCAAUUGCUCAAAAGUGUUUUGAUACACUUUAUAAAAGACAUUCGUUGAGACUAUACUGUGUAAUGGUUGUUGACUGCGAUACCUUGCCAAAGAUUAUGCGAAGUGGUGGGAGAGAAAUUGCAAAUAUGUUAUGCAAGAAGAAGUUUUUGGAAGGUACCUUGAAAGCAGAUUUUGUCAAGUUCUUUGUGAGGAAAUCAAUCAGUCUUAUACCACAUGGUGAAGAUGUUAUCGGAGGCAUAUGGUCACCAUAUGUUUCUGAGUUGAGAAAUAAGGCAUUGAGAAAUUUCCCCAAUCAAUAUUCAGCUAUUGACUAUCGAUCAAAAACCGUUGACGAUAAAACUGGUACAGUUUUGUCAGACUUUAAGACGAUAUGUGACAUCCUCAAAUUUCGCGUUUCUAAAAACGGUGAUGCAAUAGCGUUUCAAAAUGUAGAUGUUAGCGGCAAAAACAAGCCUUUGACUUGGAAAAAGUUUGAACAUAAAGUGCAUGCUGUCUGUCAAUACUUGAUAGACAAGACAAACAUUAAAGCAGGCCAGUACGUCAUAUUGAUGUACUCCCUUUCGGAAGACUUUGCUGUUGCCGUUUAUGCCUGUUUGAUUUGUGGAGUGAUACCAAUACCAAUGCUUCCCUUCGACUCAAAUAGAAUUGGUGAGGACUUCCCUGCUUUCAUUGGGGUGAUCAGGGACUUUGAAGUUUCAGAAAUCUUGGUUAAUGACGAGGUUGAGAAGUUUUUGAAAAACGGACCUGUCGCAGACUCGUUGAAGAAGGUUACCCAUAAACGGGUAAAGUCUUUAAAGAUAAAGAAUACCACAAAACUUAGUAAGGUUUCAAAUGUGAGCUCUUUGACAACAAAAAUUGCCGCAUACCUGGGCUCGAACAAGAACAGGGCUGAUGACGCAAUUGCUUUGGUGUGGCUAAAUUUUACUUCAGAUCAUUACCGUGUUGGUGCCACUUUAAGUCACAAGAAUAUCAUUGGAAUUUGUAAAGUGUUCAAAGAAACUUGCAAUCUUAGCUCCCAAUCUUCCAUUGUGGGCUGUGUUAGACAUGCCUCUGGUAUCGGUUUUGUGCAAGCAUGCCUUUUGGGUGUGUUUUUGGGAACAACUACGUAUUUGAGUUCGCCUGUUAAUUACGCGGAAAAUCCAUUGUCGUUUUUCUUGACGCUUGCAAGGUACAAGGUGAAAGACGUGUUCGUUACCGAGCAAAUGCUCAAAUAUGCAGCCAUAAAAUUUUCACCCAAAGGUUUCAACUUGUCACAUUUAAAGAAUAUGAUGAUAAGUACUGAAAGUAGGGUCGAGGUGGAUCUUUUGAGGAAGAUUGCCAAAGUUUUCCAGCCUACAAAAAUGAGUGCAGCAUCGAUGUCAACGGUUCACAACCAUCACUUUAAUCCAAUAAUCUCGACUCGUUCGUACAUGACGGUUGCCCCAGUCGACCUAUAUUUGGAUCCCGUUGCACUAAGACAGGGUUACGUUUCUGUUGUGAGUCAGUCAGAUGUGCCAAAUGCUCUACAUGUGCAGGAUUCUGGUAUGGUUCCAGUUUGUACAGAGAUUGCCAUAGUCAACCCCGAAACUAGGAAAAUAUGUAAGGAAGGAGAGUAUGGUGAAAUUUGGGUUUGCUCAGAGGCAAAUCUCACCUCCUUCACCAAUGGACCACGAGGACCGGUUGAUAACUUCACUCCAUACCAGUUCAAUGGAAAGAUUGAAGACGGUAAUCCAGAUGUGACUUAUCUACGAACAGGAGAAUUAGGUUUUCUACACAAUAUCUCCAUUACCAAAAACAAACGCAAUCUGAAUGAGAAUGAAAUCUCGUCAUUUCAACCACUAUUUGUUUUGGGAAAAAUUGCCGAUACAUUCGAGGUUAUGGGUUUGCACCACUUUCCAAUUGAUAUUGAAAACACAAUAGAGUUUUGUCACGCAGAUAUAUACAAAAAUGGGUCUUGUGUUUUUAGAUGCGCUGACUAUACCAUCGUGGUUUGCGAGUCAAAACGUACACGGUAUUUUGCAUCCUUGGUACCUCUGAUUAUAAAUACAGUUUUCAGCAAGCAUCACUUGAUUAUUGAUAUUGUUGCUUUUAUCAAAAAGGGUGAGUUUCCAAUAUCACGUCUUGGAACAAAACAAAGGGCGCGUAUUGUGGAUGCUUGGGUUCAAGGAGUGAUACCGAUCAGUGCCUCAUAUGGUGUCAAUUAUGGAGAGAACAGUAUGAUCAAAUUGAUCAAAGAAAUGGAGAAGUCAGCCAAGGAUAAUCCAACGAUGGAGCUUAAAAAUCCUGCGCUAUCUUACUACGAUUCGGAAUUUGACAACGUUGAUGUAUUUGAUGACGAGAAAAGAGAGACGUUGAAAUUGAAUGAUUGUCUUUGA